GCUCUUGCCGGAAGUUGCUUGCUCAUCGCACUCUUUCAAAGAUGGCUCUUGCUAGUGUGUUAAGUAGUGAUUGUCCGGAUUUUUCGUCUGAUUAUCGGCAGCCGUUCGCUUUCGGCUGCGGUUCCGGACAGAACGAAGGAGAAUCUGAAGCUGGACCGGGGGAAAGUCUCAGUUUUUCCGUUAAGAACUCGCUGCUCGCUGGGGAUGAAGAUGGCGUUGAGAGGAAAAUAGAGUUUCUGCACGGCACAACCACAUUAGCGUUUAAAUUCCAGCAUGGAGUUAUCGUGGCGGUGGACUCUCGGGCCACGGCGGGCUCCUACAUCGCCUCGCAGACGGUGAAGAAGGUGAUCGAGAUCAACCCUUACCUCCUGGGGACCAUGGCCGGAGGCGCCGCAGACUGCAGCUUCUGGGAGCGCCUGCUCGCCCGUCAGUGCCGCAUCUACGAGCUGCGCAACAAAGAGCGCAUCUCUGUGGCGGCCGCCUCGAAGCUGCUGGCCAACAUGGUGUACCAGUACAAAGGCAUGGGACUCAGCAUGGGCACCAUGGUGUGUGGCUGGGACAAGAGAGGACCUGGGCUGUACUACGUUGACUCGGAGGGCAAUCGGGUGUGCGGCGACCUGUUUGCGGUGGGCUCAGGCUCCAUGUACGCCUACGGCGUAAUGGACAGCGGCCUGCGGCACAGCCUCAGUGUGGAGGAGGCUUGCGAGCUGGGCCGCCGUGCCAUCUACCAGGCGACGUACCGUGACGCCUACAGCGGAGGGCAGGUCAACUUGUACCACGUCCACAGCGAAGGUUGGACACGGGUCUCCCAGACCGACGUGCUGACGCUGCACCAGCAGUACAAAGAGCAAGCGUAACGGAAGGGGAAGAAGGAAGUUGAGAGGAGUGGUUGGAGAGCGGGGGAAACAAGAAAAAGUUUUCUAAAUUUCAGUCUUUAAAAAUGUUCUGAAAGGUUAACACAUAAUAAAAAGGUCUCAGUUACUCAUCACCUUCCAGUUUCAUCACUUCUGUUACUCGUUGCUAGCUUCAUAUUGUACAUGUUAACAAUGCCAGUAAGCUCCACUCACCUUGUACAGAGGGAUAAUUUGAGGGGCUGCAGAGAGGGCGCCGAUGAUUCAAACAAGCUUAACUCAGUGUGGGAGUAGUGUGGUGCUCACCCGGUGUACCAUUCAUUUCAGGUCCUACCCUUGAAAACUAAAAUAUCUUCCACAAUAAAGCCUGUGUUCUUUCUCAAAA